AUGGUGUACCCCGAAGCGUCCCGCUGGGGCGCGCCCGAUACUAUCGCACCACUCUACGACGACGUCUACAGAGCGGAUGGCGUGCUGUCGACUGUCAACGUGGUCGAAGCCCUGCAGGAGUUCUGGCAGAUGAAGGCGUCCAGAAAUGGCAACACAGCUAGUGGUGGGAGCAGUGCGCUAGUCAUCUAUGAGUCGGUCCCAGCUGCACAUCCGCCCUAUGUUUGCUACGUAACUCUGCCAGGGGGCGCCUGUUUUGGCAGUUUUCAGAAUUGUCCGACGAAGGCAGAAGCGCGUCGGAGUGCAGCGAAAAUUGCUCUGAUGAAUAGCGUCUUCAAUGAGCACGAGUCCAGAAGGAUAUCUGAGCACUUCAUAGAGAAGGCAGUGGCUGAAGCAAGAGCUUCCUUCGCGGGGGAUGCAGCUUCUCAUCACCAGGAUUCCAGCGCUGGAAUCGCUGCAUUUAGAUUUAUGCUGGAAGCGAACAAGGGUCGCACGAUGCUGGAAUUCCAAGAACUGAUGACGGUGUUCCAGCUGCUGCACUGGAACGGGUCCCUCCGCGCCAUGAGGGAACGGCAAUGCUCGAGGCAAGAGGUGGUCGCGCAUUAUUCUGCGCGUGCGCUGGACGACGCUAUGCGCGAGCAAAUGGCAAGGGAAUGGGCGUCCAGGGAACGAGAGGCCCAGGCUGGGGGGGGAGUGAUCCGCAACGAGCUAGCCAGGGCGGAGAGGGAGCUCCGUGCAGCCAGGGUAGCCGCGAGAGAGCUCAGGUUCCCAAAGGAGAAACGCGACAUUCUUUUACUGGCGGCACGCCUCGCUCCUACUAGCACUAGUGAUCUCAACGCGCGAAACUAA